GUAAAUGUUGUGUAUGUGUUAAUGAUUUUAUUUCUAUUGUAUUGUGGAUGUAUGAAAUCCAUCUCCUUUUGACUAUAAUAAACGUCUGAUUUUCAUGUGAAUGUUUAUACCUGGCUGGCUGUACGUUCAGAUUAUCAUCCUGAUGUAAUAUGUACAUAUAUAUAUAUUUGCAUAUAUGUGCAUGCAUCAAUAAAACGAGUGGUUGUAACUUUGCGAGUGUAUGCUUUAGUGAGAGAAUAUAAUUUGAAAAACACCACUUUAAUAGGAGUUGCAGAGAGAGUAAAAAUUACAUUGAAAAAUACACGAGUGCGUUAGCAGCAUCAGCAUCAGCAUCAUAUAUAUCCUUUAACCUAUGCUAUGGUAAAGAAGUUAUAUAUACAUAUAAACACAGAUACAUGCAGAUAGAUACAGAUAUAUACAAAAAAAAAAAAAAAAAGAAAGAAGAAAACAUAUCUACAACAAUUUUGUAAUAGUGUUGGUAAACGUUGCAAUAUAUAGAAUAUAUAUAUAUAUACAUAUUUAUAUAAAUAUAUAUAUGCAUGUAUAUGUAUUAAAGUGAAAAAGUGAAAAAAAUUAUAGUUUCACAUAUUUUUGGAAAUAAUUUUUAACUGGAUUAUAUCAGAAAAUAAAGUUUACGGGAUCCAGGGAUAAACAACAAAGUCAAAGGACGAGAAAAGGUCGCUGAAAAGGAAAUAUAAUUUAGUGUGAAUCGCACUUAUAUCCAGCCACACACAAAACCAGAUGUACGCAUGUCCGGUAACUUUAGAACCGCAAAAAAUUAAAUACUCAAAAUUCAUCUAAGAAGUAAACUCUGAGAAGAAAUCUAUUAUCAGCAAAAUGUUGGAUCGAUGUGAAAUGCCGGUUCAGAUCGACAACGAUAACAAGUGUCGUCGUGAUCGUGAUGCACGUCUUUCCAAUUCACGUCUUGAUCUACCGUCUCUAUGCAACGGUGGCAGCGGAACUACACGUGGCUCAUCGCGUAAUGGCCGCUGUUUAGAAGGUCAUGUAACUAAUGUACAUCACCCUGUCAAUGUUAAUCACCAUCAUUAUCAUCAUCAUACGCAACAACAACAGCAGCAGCAGCAUCGUCAUACAACAUUACCGCAGCGUAGUCCUAUCAACACCAAUAUAAAUCACAACAAUAAUAACAAUAAUAAUAAUAAUAAUAAUAACAACACCAACAACAACAAUAGUAGCACCAAUAAUAUGAAUAACAACAAUAGUAAUAAUAACUUAAAUUUAGGAUCACCAGUAUCGUCAUCAAAUACCGUUUCAUCGCAUGGCAAUAGCUCGAGCGGUGAGCGCGGUUCGUCAACCAAAUCAAACAGCAGCAGCGGUAGUGUUCAAUCGGGUAGAGAUGACAUCAAAUGCAUUACACCGAUGACACCAUCAGAACUUGUCAAGAAAUAUAGUAAUUUUUUAACUGACAUGGAAUUUGAAGAGUUAAAAGUCUACAAGGAAAUCUGGUAUUUCGGUCAAAAUGCUAAUAAAAAUAAUUAUAAUAAUAAAAGCUCAACAAGCACUAAUUCUGGUUAUGAUGAUGAAAAUGGCAAUUAUAAGAUUAUUGAACAUGAUCAUAUCGCGUUUCGCUAUGAAAUUUUGGAAGUUAUCGGUAAAGGUAGCUUCGGUCAAGUUAUACGAGCUUUGGAUCAUAAGACUAAUACGCAUGUUGCCAUUAAAAUAAUAAGGAAUAAAAAGCGUUUUCUCAAUCAGGCUGUGGUAGAAUUGAAUAUAUUGGAUGAGUUACGUGAAAAAGAUGCCGAUGGAUCUCACAAUGUUAUACAUAUGCUCGAUUAUAUAUAUUUUCGUAAGCAUUUAUGCAUAACAUUCGAACUAAUGAGUCUAAAUUUGUAUGAAUUGAUUAAGAAGAAUAAUUACAAUGGUUUUAGCAUGAGUUUAAUAAGACGCUUCUGCAAUUCGAUAGUCAAAUGUUUGCGUCUAUUGUAUAAAGAAAACAUCAUACAUUGUGAUCUCAAGCCGGAAAAUAUUCUAUUAAAACAACGCGGCAGCAGUUCAAUAAAAGUCAUCGAUUUUGGCAGUUCUUGUUAUGUGAAUCGUAAGAUCUACACUUACAUACAAUCUCGAUUCUAUCGUUCGCCAGAGGUUAUAUUAGGCUUGCAAUAUGGAACCGCCAUUGAUAUGUGGAGUUUAGGUUGCAUUCUGGCUGAACUUUAUACUGGAUUUCCAUUGUUUCCCGGUGAGAAUGAAGUCGAACAAUUGGCCUGUAUUAUGGAAGUGUUGGGAUUGCCACCCAAAGAUCUCAUUGCCAAUGCGACUAGGCGUCGUUUAUUUUUCGAUUCGCGAGGUUCGCCCCGGUGCAUAACCAAUUCAAAAGGCCGGAAACGUUCACCAGGCAGUAAAACGUUGUCACAAGUCCUGCUCUGUCAGGAUCGUUAUUUUAUUAAUUUUUUACAACGUUGCUUGGAAUGGGAUCCAGCGGAGCGUAUGACUCCGGACGAGGCGGUACAACAUGAAUUUUUACUGCCGUCUUCUUCAAGCCGACACCGAUCCAGUCGUAUGACAAGCUCUUCAUCGACAGGUGGCCUAAAUAAUUCAUCCUCGCAAAAAUCUUCCUGCUAUAGUUUCGCUGAGAUCUCACCAUCAGCAGCUAAUAAUAGUGGUGCUGUAGUCGCUUCCAUAACAAGCACAACGACAGUCAGUAAUGCUGCCAUCGCUACCACCACAAAUAAAUCGUCACGUCUUGCCACUAAUGGUCAUCACAUGUCUGCUUCCACCAUUAAUGGUAAUACACAUAAUCACUCAAGCAAUCCACAUGUCCAACAACAAACCUCGCUUGCCCAAUCGUCAAGUCAUUUACCUGACAUUAAACUUAAUGCCGGCGAUAAGUAUAAUAGCAUGCAAAAAAUGGCUGUGCGCUCAAAAAUAACCUCUUCGGUAUCAGAUCUAGAAUCAGUGCAACAAUAUUCUCUACAUCGUAUGUACGGCGGCGGUAACAAUGGAGGUUCGAACGGUGCAUUAGGUAAUCAUGUUGGUACUUCACAUAUAAAUGCUCAAGCAGCUACCCGUAAACAUUUAAUUACCGGUACUCUGCAACCCAAUACAUCGUCAAAAUAUGGUGGCGGUAUAGCUACCUUAGGUCAUACACAUCAUAACGGCAAUCAUCACUCAACACAUUUGACAGCAGCUCAUCACAACUCCGCGGCCAACAAUAAUAUAAACAUGUCACACUCACAAUCGACUGGCGACGUUUCGGCCAUAUUUGGACGUGCUUGACUUCGCGCCCGACCCACAAAACUAGAGCUCAAAAAAUGCAAACUAGUCAAUAUGGUGGAUUUCUGGAGCUAGAAAUUAAAGUAAAAAUGUAAAGAAAAAAAAAGCAAAGAACUAUCAAUGCAAUAAGAAAUGCGUCAGCAAAUAUACGGGGAAAGCAUAUGCCAGAUUUGAAGAAUAAUGAUCUUUAAAAAAGUGUAAAAGCUGUGUUUCAUGAUGAAAACUUUUCGUUGUAGGAGAAUAGGAAAAACAUAUUCAUUUAGAUUUUAAGAUUACAGUGAUCUUUAUAUAUAUAUAUAUGAAAACAUAUAUAUAUGUGAAAUGAAAUCAAAUUUAGUUGUAAAAUAGUUCGUAUGCAUGUAUAUCAUAGAAGUCAUAAAAUUGAAAUUAAUUUCCGCACUAAAAAUAGAAAGUAAAAAAGAGUACAUAGGUUUCUUAAAAAAUAAACAAAAAAUUAAAAAAAACAAAAAAAACAAUGUUUAAAGAAAGAAGCGAUGAAUCGAUUUUAAAGCAAUCCGUUUUAGAAAACCCAAAGACGAAAGUUUUUUUUGGAUACAUAAGUGGUUUUUAAGGAAUUUUCGAUAAAUUUAUUACAAAAAAUAAUAAGUUAAUAGCAUUAGUAAGUUCUUGAAAAAUUCACCGCUUGAUAGUUUUUAGAAAAAUCGAAAUUCCAAAAAGUCUUUUAAGUUAUUGCUCGUCCCGAAGAUUUAAACAAGUAAGUUUCUCACACUGUUAAAGCCAUAUUCCUUAACGUUUUGCACUCCUUAUUUCACUUUUAUCUACCAAAUGACUUUCUAAUUAAUAUAAGGCGUUGAUGCAAGAAAUGCAUUGUCGACACAAAGUCGACAUGCGAGUGCAAAAUUUUAAGGAAGAUAUUUAUAAAUGAAAAGAGGAGUUACUGCCUAACGGAUUCUAUGUAAACAUUCUUGAACCCUAAUUUUGCCACGCCUUUUUUAUAGCAAAUCAUAGAUGACUAUGGGUCACUUAGGAGAAUUAUUGCAAUAAUUGAAAUGUCAUUGUCACAGACCACAUAUUGUUUCAGGGUACAAAAGUGACUCAGAGCUACCGGGUGGAGAGGUUACGGUUAAUUGAAAAUUUUUCAUUACAGCCAAAGCAUAUUUGCAUUGCAGAGAAAAGCAAUUGAUGAACAUAGGAUUCAUUACGAUCAAGCCCUGGCUUCAAAGUGUCAAAGAAAGGGAUAUUGAGUUAGCAAAUCAAGUCCACCAAAAAUUAAAAAUUAUAAUAUUCUUAAUACUCUCAUAAGGGCCGCAGCUUUAUUCAACUGAUUAAUAUACUCGAGUAUCACUUCCUCACUUAUAACUUCUUAAUAAUAACAACAGUGAGAUUAUAAAAUCUUUAUCUACUUAGGUAUUCGUUUUCUGCGAAAAAUAAACUAGAGACCGAAGUCUACUAUAUCGGGAGAAACAAUUAAGAAGAGGAGAUUAACAAAUUCCUUUAAAAUUUUGAUUAUUAGGAUAAGUUUAAAGGCAAAUCUAUUUUAAAAUCUGUCUUCUAUUGCUGAAGCUUCCUGACUUUCUGGUUAAGAAUCUGAUGAAGAAGAGUUAAUAUCUUUGCGACGUAUCCUAUGAUGUUAAUGCUCUUAAUAAUAUUGAUACUGAAGGUGAUGACGAAAAGAUGGACCCAAUUGAACAACGUCACAUGGCCUAAUUUCAUUAAAUGCAUGCGAAAAGGAAAAGGUAGGACUAGGUAUCUAGUUUUCUAAAUGAAUUUUAUUAAUUAAACGACAGUGUCAGUUGUGAGAUUUGUAAUUAGCGGAUUUAGAAGGAGUGAAUUUAAAU